AUGGCGCUCCUUGGUGAUAUUCCAACCGAAAUCAUCCAACAGAUCUUCAAUUUACUACCCAAAGCUGAUCUCGCCCGUUUGUGCCUCACCAGUCAUUCCAAUCGUCACCAUGCCGAGCCAUGUCUUUAUUCCACCAUCAAUUUCACAUGGUCGACUUCCGAGACGCCGCCAAUCAUUCUCCUUCUUCGGACUCUUCUCUCUAGACCAGAGCUUUUUGCCCUCAUAAAUACAUUUUCCUUAGUCGGAAAUGCCCCUCGGCAUAGGAAGUCACAAGACCAGUUGCGGCUAAGGAUACCAAGCAACUUUUCCCUUUCUCAAUUCAUUUCUGCCAUCGAACAGACCAAAGCACCGUACACCGACAUCUGGGUGGCGAGGCUGAAGACCCGUCAAAUGGACGCAUUCGCCGGGCUCCUCAUCGCCUACCUCUCCAACACGACCAUUCUUACGAUUACAACCAAUUUCAUCAGGAACUUUCACCUUGUUGGCAAAGUCCUCCGAUCCAAGGCUCUGCAACUCACGCCCCCCCGUUCCGAUUCUGAAGUCGAUUCCGAUUCUGAGGUCGACUCCGACAUAGAUGAUGAGGUCUAUUCAGAUGAAGAGAUCUAUUCCGAUGAUGAGGUCUAUUCGGAUUCUGAAGCUGUUGGAUCCGACGAUGGGGAUGUUGAAUCCGAUUCUGAUGAGGCUCCCAACCCGGACGCCUUCCCAGAUCAAAUUCCCAAGUUUGCACGGCUGCAGCGGUUAGCCUAUGUUAGACGUCUUGAUAAAGAUGAGCAAGAUCAAGAUCAGUCAGACCCGGAUUCUCAGUUCCGGGAGGCUUUCUCUACUCUUUAUCUGCCAAAUCUUGUACAUGUCAAACUUUGGCUCGCAAACCCCCAUUGGUUUUGGUGGCCAGAGGGAAAGCCAAACCUCGACCACCUCGCCUCAUUGGAUAUCGAAUGGCUUCACCCAAGGUUUCUAAAGAAGAUACUCUCCUUGACACGGAAUCUCAAAUCACUCACCUACUCUUGGGAUAACGUUGAGGGUAUCUGUUACGACGCGUCGAACGGCUCAGAUCUAAACAUGGAUAAAAUAAUAACCGCCAUUUCUCCCACCAAGAAUACAUUAGAGAAGCUGCAUAUCAAGUUUCGAGUUGGUUUCGGCAGAAAGGAGACAUGGCCGGAAAUACAUGAUUCUGGGUCUUUCGACAGGCUUGUCGAAUUUGAUAAGAUUAAGGAACUACAUGUCCCUUUGGUAGCCUUGUAUGGUUUUAAUACUAACUAUCCCCCCUUGAGUCGCGGUAUCCCGCCUUCGGUCGAGACUCUUAUUCUGACCGACGACAUGAUGGAUGACGCGACAUUUGUCAUGUGGGAUGCACGUGAACCUAAUAUGACGGGCUGGGGGGAAGAUCUAAAGGCUUGGGGGGAAAGCAGGCGCAUAUGGGCGCCUGCUCACACUUUUCAGAGUGUGAUAUUAUUUCUGGCCGAGAGCUGCCCUACGAAGUUUCCGCGACUGCGGCAGAUACUCUGGUUUAAUGUUUCGGAGGAGGAGGAUUAUUCUGAUUUUGAGCGCGAGGUCGAGAGGAUCUCUCAUCGUUUUGGCGUUGAUAUCAGGUUGUUGGAUGAUGAGAAAGAACGGUAUUUUCAACGACGUGGCUGA